UUCUUACUUACUUGCUAUCACUUCACUUUGAAUUACAAGUAAACAAAAACAAAACUCGAAAAGAAAAACAUGAAACCAUUGGAGUAAAGCCAUACGCUAACCAAUACAGAUUCCAAUUAUUGCUACCUCUGAACCCCAUCAAAUGUCGAUUCUAGUGAAACGACGUCGCGGUCGUCCCAGGCUCCUCGAGUCCAAAGCCAUUAAGAACUUUGAUAGUGCGUUGAUUGAAGAAGUCAAGAAGUUUCCACUCUUAUAUGACCGGGAGCACCGAAAUUACCGCAAUAGAGCAGAGACAACCCGCUAUUGGCGGAGGGUUGCUACUUCUUUAAAUACUUCUGAGAGUGUUGUCAAAAACAGACUGUUUCAAUUGCGAAAUCGUUACAAUGUGGAGAAACGUCGUAUGGAACUAAAUCCUGCCACUUAUGAUGGAGAGUCCACUUGGCCGCUGUAUAAAAGUAUAUCAUUCCUUAUAGAGUUUGGAAAAACGCGUCCCCGCCAUUUAUUUAUGCAAAAUGCACCGGGAACAUCAAGCGAGGACGACUGCAAUGCAGACGAUGACGAAGAGAGGAAUGAUUGUGUCACCAAUGAUUUACAUUUAAUACAAAAUUCCGAGAAUCAUUCAGACCAACAAACUAUAGUUAACCAAAUUACACGGCAACAUCUCUCCACUGAUAGUGACGAACUCUACGAUAAAAAAUUCAAAGCAUUUGGGGAGUUCUUGGCAUCGUCACUUAUUGAAAUGAGUGAAAUGCAAGCUUUACACUUGGUGAAAAAAUUCACAACCGACUUGGUUGAGUAUUCAAAAUUGGGGGAUAUUAACAACUUGAAUAAAAAUGUACAUCAUUCGACUAAUGGAAAUGAAUAUUUAUUAGAUUAAAUAAAACCAAAUAUAGUAUAGAGCA